GCGUCAUUAACGUUACGUUGUUUCCAUAUGAUUAACGUUUAUUACAAGCUAACAAAGCGUGAGCUAUACAGACGAGUUUUCUUUCAGUCAACAUAUUUAAAUGUUUUAGAAGACUUUCAUGCUUAAAGAUGACAUCAACAAGAAAUGAUAAGGUGAAAGUACAACUUGGGGUGUUCAAGUCUCUAGAAUGUUAUCCGGGUGGGGCAAAUGACUACUUUGUAGCCGUGGUCGAUCCGGGCAUUCAACUUGGCAAUGAUAACCCCGAAAUUGCUCCAAGAUGCAAACCUAUUGGGCGUAACGUUUGGGAGAAAGACUUGUGGCUUCCCAAGGACAGUUUCGUGAAUUACAAGUUUUUAGUUGUUAGAUCAUGUACAGGAAAGGUGGUUGAUAUUGAAUCGACAACGCCUCAUACGAUAUAUAUUGGUCAGCAUCCAAUAAUGGUGGAACAUACAUACAACAAAACAGCAUUUGCUGGAAAAGAAGUAUACCCUGAACAUAAUUGCCCAGCGCCAUCUGUAGGACGGAAGGAAACAUUUCACGUGCCAAGUCUCAAUAUUCCACGUGCAGAUAAAGUAGGCUUUGUUGUGCCAAAAAUCAAAAACCUUCCAAAAUACGUGCCACCACGAAACAUUGGGCUGAUACAUUGUAAAAGAAUGGUACCCGCCACAGUUCACACAGACGAUAUUAUCAAAACUGGAGCAGAUGUCAGCGCGGAUAUCCCACCACGUGUAACAAAAAACAACACUCGCACUCCUUGUGCUGUACAGAAUGCCAACAAAUCUCCAGUUGCUACAGAGUCCAUUAGCACUGAUAACCUUAUUGUUAAUAUAACACAUUCCGUUCAUAAUGACCAAGACAAAGACAGCAACCUUCCAGGAUUAACAGAAAAUAACAACGCCGUACGUGUUACAGAGAACAUGAAAGUCCUAACUGGUGCUGAGACUAAUGAUGAUAUUUCAAGCGCAAAUGAAAACAACAAGCUCCAAUGUGAUACAAACGACAAGGAUGACGUUGCACGUGCUACAAAGAACAAGGAUGACGUUGCACGUGCUACAAAGAACAAGGAUGACGUUGCACGUGCUACAAAGGACAAGGAUGUCGUUGCAUGUGUUAGCAACGCUCCACGUGCAACAGAGAACAAUCAUAUUGCAGGAAAUGACGUCAUUCACGAGAAAGAUUCCACAAGGCAAAUGGAUGACGACAUUACAAAGAAGCUCAGUAACAACGCCGGUCUGUUCAGAUUUGGAAAGAAAACCCUGGGACUUGCUGUGUCCGGAAUCUCUUUGAUUUCUGCCCUUGGAUAUUUUGCUUUUUUCAGCAGAUAA